AUUUAAUAAGUUUGCGUGAGACAGGUGUGGAGCUUUUAUCGUACACUUGUGCAAGUUCAAAUCUAAAAUGUUUAUACAGAUGCUUUACAAGACAAAAAGAAAACACUGACGACUGAAAUUAUCCAAACUAAUAAAGAAACGUCUGUGGUCUCCUCAAAAUAUCAACCGUAAAAAUAAAAAACACCUGUGGAGAAACCUGCAUUCCGGCCAACACGCUGAGUGGUGAAACAGCGCCCUCUGGUGGCCGUCUGUAGGCACGACAGCCUGGCGCUCGUGCCGCGGUCCCCCCACACAGGUGGAGGGGUCUCAUCAGAACUCGUUACACUCUUCUUCACGGAGCUGUGGGUCAUGGCGUCACACGCGGAAACGACUCCUCAGUGGAGAACAACGAUUAUAGUGAGCUCGUCUCUCCAGAACCACGACACGACCCGGAUUUUAAGCGCGCAGCAGCACCGCAUCCGAUUUUCAGACGGUGUGGAGUCUGGAGCGUUUAUCUUCCCUCUGUCAGGUACCGCGUUUCUGUUGGUCGACCCCCAAGACCUCCUCGAGCAUUUUGAGGAGUCCGGACUGAUUGAGAGGAUAAAGAAGUUUGUGCAGGUGCACAGGAACAGUUUCCUGCUCCUAAACUCCCCCUUUAACGGGAAAAGGGAAUUGGAGAUCUUAUCGAUGAUUCAACACAGGUACGUCUGGAAGGGAUUAAGCUGGACUUACAUUAAUGUGGCGAUGGUAACAUCGCAAUACAUUAUUUGUACUCCUCCUCCUCCUCCUCUCAGAUUCUUCGGCAGUAAUCUCAGGAUCCUGCCGGUGCGAAACAACACCGAGCUCGUGAAAGGCAUGUUGACCAUCGCCAAGGCCACCAGUAAGCCCCACGCGGACAGCAUCCGCGACCGGAUGGCUCGGGCUCGGGCUCGCGUCAUCGAAAGCAGUCCCGUGUGGGAGAUGCUCCGAGACGUCCUCUGAU